AUGGACGACAAUACACCCAUUGCCAAUUUCUUGAACAACUUUGUCGGCGAGGGGAAAACGAGACAGGAUCAGGCGACGGCGGUUACCGAGAUAUUCAUUGAUCAGUGGAUUACUACUCUUGGUGACUGUAAGAAAUUCACUGCCGAGGACUUGAAAGAAUGGAAAGUACCUGCAAUGGUCGUGAAGGGACUAGAUGAACAAGGGUUUUUAAAGCCAUCCACAGACCAAGAAUUACUCGUUCAUGACUAUGAGGAUGUUGCCACUUUCUUUCCAGAGUUUCAUAACUUCCCUACUAUUAAUGAACUGCAGGGCUGCCUUGAAAGGCCACCAACCAAACUGAUCCCAGUUAGGGAACAAGUGUUAGACAGUGAUCUGGCACACAUUAGAUCACAUGUCACACUGAGUCGAAAAAGCAAUUCACCAGAAUUGAGUCGCCUUUUUGAAAAUGCAAUCAAAGCACAAUCACCAUCAGCAACAGUACCUUUAAAGAGGCCAGACUUGUUAUGUUGGAUGCAUUCAGUAUUGGUAUUGAAAGGAGAAGAGAAAGAGACAGUGGAAGAUCUUUCAACAGCAGAGCAAGAGCUACUACAGACAUGGAGCCCUAUCUAUUUUGGAAAUCUUCAAUAUAUGUUUGGUUAUGCUGCUGCAGGGACAUUAAUAAGGUUCUAUGCAAUUGACAGUUCCAUGAACAUUACCAAUAUCAGCAGAGAAUUUGACCUGUCACAUGUGACUGAUCGAGUCUUGACAGUAGCAACAGCUUUGAAUAUGGCUCAAUGUAUACAGCAUUUUGUACACCAACUCCCAACUACCUAUACCAUGACAUUACCUCUCUAUGCUACUAUUAAGCGAACAUAUUCUGAGAUUAUGUUUCUUGAGAACCGAGUCAGGAAGAAAAUCAAGAGCUUUGGUGUGCAAUAUAGGUUUUCAACAUUUGAAGACUUGAAAACCAUUUACAGGAAGACUGAAAGUACACAGCACAUUAUCCAUAAAUUUGGCAUGUCACGUCUGGAAGGAACAACAUAUACAGUUGAGCUGCACCCUGUGGGAUUUCGACGGCACCCUAAAUCAUUAUUGGAGCUUAAAUGUGCAAUCCGAUGCAUCCUUAAGGCUUUGUGUGCAUUGCACCAAGCAGGCUUUGUACAUAAAAACAUUUGUUGGGAGAAUAUUAUAGUGUCAGCAAAUGAUAGCACAGAUUGGAUUUUAAUUGAUUUAGAGCAUGCUGGCAAGAUUGGUUCUGUUUCAUAUCAGCUGCAGUGGUGGCCUCAUGGUGUUGGACUGGGUGCAGAGCCAUAUAAUCCAAGAUGUGACCUUUAUCUUGUAGGUGAGCUUAUAAGGCUUAGUGGCAUGAUUCUAGGGGAUGCUGACAUAGCAUUCAUGAAUAAUCUUCAAGAAAUGCCAAAACACUAUACAGCAAUGAAGGCACUCAAAGAUAGCUGGUUUAUUUAG